UGAUAGUUAGCCACCGCUAAAUUACGAUAAUACAUUACUGAUCAUCUAGGCAUCUCUUAGAUUAGGAGAAACACGAUUUCCUACUUUAGUUGAGGUAUAAAUUAUAUUUCGCGCAGUGUUCUGGAGUGCAUUCUGAUCUAUAAUUCAACAUGAAAGGUAUUGCGAUUUUGCUGUUAGUUGUGUGCGCGACCGUGAGUCACGCUCGGGAGAAUGAGUGUCCCCCUGAACAGGCUGAAAACUGGGAAAUCGAGAUGCUCCUUGUUCAUGACGAUUGUAACAAGUUCUACAAGUGCACGUUAGGUUAUCCCGUUGAGCAAACGUGCCCCUCGGACCUUUACUUCAACAUUGACACUUGGCAGUGUGACUGGCAACACAACGUUGACUGUACCGACAGAAAUGUUCCCGGCGAACCACCAGUCGUAACCACGUCGACGACUCAGGCUCCGACUACCCCAACCACCACUACCACCAGUACUACUACAACUCCUGCACCUACCACUACCCCAACCACCACCACUACUACUACCACUCCUGCACCCACCACAACUCCUACCACCACCACUACCACCACAACCACAACUCCUGCUCCCACCACCACCCCGACCACCACCACCACCACUACUACUACUCCUGCUCCCACGACUACCCCAACCACUACCACCACUACUACGACUACCACCACUCCUGCGCCUACAACUACCCCAACGACCACCACUACGACCACUACUCCUGCUCCGACCACAACCCCAACGACCACCACCACUACAACUCCUGCACCCACUACAACUCCUACCACCACCACUACUACCACAACUCCUGCUCCCACAACUACUCCUUCCGCCACAACUACUUUCUUAACUCCGACCGCACCAGUUGACUUCCUGGACAACGGAUGCCCAAGGGAUCCCUUCGUUCAUUGGCUCCUUCCCCACGAGACUAACUGCAACUGGUUCUACUACUGUGUAUGGGGACAGCUGGUCCUAAGGGAAUGCCCUGAGACCUUACACUUCAACAGGGAGCUCCAAGUCUGUGACUGGAGCUGGGAUGCUGGAUGCACGACCUCUUUUGACAAGAACUUGAGUUCCAGGCAGAUGUUGAGAGCCUUGUAGAGCCAUAUAGGGGUUACAUCCGAAACAACGUGAUAAUAUUUUGUACAUAUAUUUUAUCGUGUACGCAAAAUAACGAACAGUAUUCUAUUAUUAAAGAAAGAGCAAAUUUUAUUUUUACUUUUAA